AUGACCAUCAUCUCCAUACAAUGUCAUGGAAUCCCCCACCUGGUCGGUGCUAUGGAAAUCCCUGCGGAUCCCAUGGCGUGCAUGGUCACUCCCUCGCCCCUCCCCACUAUACCGUAUUCCGUUCGUUGUGUGAUCUCCGUCAACUCCGUCACCCAGGGAGGAUCUGCACUUGACGUCCCCCUGGAUUGA